CAUUACACCCUCUCGCCCUCUCGACUCACGGACAUUCACCUUGGACAUGGGGAGGAUUAUCAUGAAGCUCAAUUUGCUUUUGAUUUUGAUGAUAUACGUCGGGUCGUCAACGCAGUAUGAAAAAUCCACCGGCCGCCACGCGGGACGGAAACACAGUCUCAAGCAGAAAUCUCUGCACCGUGGAAAGCGAGCCUGGGUCAUCGACACGUUUGAGUUGGAAGAAGAACUGCCCGGUCCUUACCCAAAGCUCAUAGGCACGGUGAAAGUGGAAGAAGACUAUCAAAUGAGGUACAGGCUGACGGGGAAAGGUGUGGACGAAGACCCCAAGGGGCUUUUCCACAUUAACGAAGAUGAUGGAUCUAUUUAUGUGCAUCGAAAAGUCGAUUUUGAACAAACAAAAAUGUUCCACUGGAAAUUCAACGCCAUCAACAAAACCUCCCUUCAAGUGGGGACCAAACUAGGGAUUCAGCUGAAGAUCCUGGACAUUAAUGACAACGCUCCGCAGUUCAGCAAAAAGUCUUAUGAAGUCUCGGUUAAUGAAAGCGUUAUCCAAGGGUACACGGUCUAUACGGUACUCGCCUACGACUUGGACGAAGAAGGAAGCCUUAACUCCAGGGUGGAUUAUCGGAUCGUAUCCCAAACGCCCGCAGACUCUGAGACCGAGUUCACCGUCGACAGGGAGAAGGGAUUCAUCUCAUUUAAAGGAUGCCUGGAUUACGAGAGGAAUAAAAACUACAAAUUGGUCAUUGAAGCCAAAGACAACGGAGCAGAAAUCCAGCAGAGCAGUCAAUGCGAGGUUCGGGUCACGGUCUUGGAUCGGAAUAACCAUUCUCCGCAGUGGAGUUCGUCGCAGCUCCAAACGGAGGUCCCAGAGCGCGAGGUCAACGUGACCAUCCUAAGGUUUGGAGUCAGCGAUGGCGACACGCCUUACACACCUGGAUGGCGGGCCGUCUACAAACUCGUCUCGGGGAACGAUGAUGGAAACUUCCAAAUAAUGACAGAUCCCAAGACCAACGAAGGUCUCCUUACUGUCGUAAAGCCACUGGAUUAUGAGAAGAUCUCCCAAUGCCAACUCUCUGUUCAGGUGGUCAACGAAGAGCCUCUGCAUAGCUGCAAAAUACUGAAGAAGACCCUGACAGGAUUGUGGCAAUUAGAUAACGGCAAAAACCAAAUUGCAAAGUUGAUGGAGGAAGCCACUAAAUCUGUGGUGGUGGAUGUUCUCGAUGUGAACGACCCCCCGCUGUUCAUUCCGGAUAAGAUAACCAUUUCAAUGCAGGAACAUUCCAUGGAGAGCGGGACUGUGUUGGGAAAAGUGGAAGCCAAGGAUAUGGAUUUGGCAAAACCAAAUAAAAUUAAGUAUGUUAUAGAGAAUGACACGGCUGGGUGGCUGUCCAUGAACGAAGAUACUGGAGUGAUAACAGCCAAAGCACAGAUGGACAGAGAGUCAGAAUACGUGACUAACAGCAACUACGUUGUGAAGGUUCUGGCCGUCGAUGACGGGGUCCCCUCAAUGACGGGCACGGCCACAUUGUUUAUUAGCCUCAAAGAUAUCAACGAUAAUGUUCCCAGGUUGGAGAGUCCAUACUUGACCACAUGUUACAACGAGGAGGAGGCCCUCAUCUCAGCAUUGGUCAUCGACAAGGAUUUGGAUCCAUACUCUGGGCCGUUUCACUUUGAUGUUCUAGACAAAGACUAUGAAGCAAAGCAUUUAGAGCUGAUCGCAAAUAGUGGGGAUACGCUCCAGAUCCGGAAACGGAAAGGCGCUCACCAAGGAAAUCAUACUUUGAACAUUGAGAUCUACGACCGGCAAGGGACCACCUCGCUCCAGAAACUCACAGUGUAUGUAUGCGACUGUCUUGAUGGAGAUGCUUGCGUAGAAAAGAUGAGCGGCCCACCUGUGCUGGGUGGAAGUGCCAUUAUUUUACUACUUCUGGCCAUCGUCCUAUUCUUGGCUCUCAGUCUGCUUCUGUGUAAAUUCCAAACGAAGAAGGUGAUGGUCCCUGUAGACAGCGAGCCCUUGAACUCCAUCAUCGCGUACAACGAAGAAGGGGGCAACAAGGACUGUCAGGGGCCAGCAACUUUAAAUGAAAACGAGGCUGAAUUUACAUCCAAAAAUCAGAAUGGAAGCGUCGAAGCGGACGGAGCGUUAUACCGGCAGAGCGCCCGGAGAUUUUCGAGCCCGGCUGUUGUCGGCCACAAUAAGGUGAAGGUCAUGCGUUCCAACAGCCUCCAGCCUCGCUCUAGUUACUACUCCGCAAACCGUCACUUUGAUCGAGCCACAAGCCAACGCCACUCGAGCUAUCAUAGAGGGAAGAGAAUUAAUCUGAUCGACCGUGGAACUGCCCACCGGAAUUCUCUCAUCAGAGGACAGCUUCACUCCAUUGCCGCUGCCAACCAGUCUAUGAGUAGAAGACCUUCAAGGAUGACGGAAACCAUGUUGAAACAAAAGCUGAAGACCCAUGUAACCGACCUGGAUAUCUACAAACCGCGUGUAUUUGCUGAUGAAGGACAAUUAUCUGGAGCGAGUUCUCUGGAAACGAUCACCAUCGCGGGGAGCAUGGUCAACUUGGGAAAUUUUGAAAACUUGGGAUCAAAGUUCAACAUUUUGGAGGACAUCUGUGCUGAGCACCUGCUCAACCGAUCCAAGGAGAAGCCUUCGACAUAAGGAGUCGGCGUUGGCCGUUCGUUGGAUUUGGAAACCAUUUUGGAGCAGUUCUAGAGAGGUGCGAACUUUGCGCUGAGCUGAACACGAUGACCUCAUGGGAAAAAUGUGUUGAGGUUGAUGUACCCAGAUACCAUGAAUGAAACGUUCAACCUAGAACUUGCUACAAUGUAUAUAACCAAUGGGAACCUGCCUCACACCUGCCCCCUUUUGUUGGUUUAGAUAUUAUCGUUCACCUAUAAAGAGAUACUGUUUCCUGAUGAUAUCACUGCUCUGUACUCAUCUACCAUCUGAAAACUUUUUUGUAUCGUUGCCGAAAUGGGACUUCAUUGGUCAGGGAAUGGGAGCCCUGGAGUAAUUUAGCAUAUUCCUUAAACUGGCUGGAAGCAAUGAGAGGGAGCCUUCCUAAUUCCAGUUGACAUACUGG